AUAUAGUAAAAAUAAGAAGAUAUAGUUAAUAAUGAUCCUUAUCAUUGGGAAGCAGUCGUAUCCUACACGUGUGUACAGUAUAAAAAUCACGUCGACUUUACCACUUUAUCUGCGUCAAUGAAAACAUGUGACGAUGAGCUCAGCACUAUCCUUCGUUUUCGAUUCAGGUGUGACCGAGUGACGGGUUAAGAUGUAGCACGUCCUACACUGGUAACCCCGUAUUACAUCUUACAAUGGCCGGGACCGGGAAUGACGCGGUCACUGUCUUUUCCCCCUUGAACGUGGUGGGCACGCUGGCUUUAGGUGUGGUCAUCUAUGGCUUAUACGAAGUGAUACGAUUUUUGUUGCAUGUGCGUUACAUCAGAAACGUAUUCAGGGAUGUCCCUGGACCUGCCAAGGCCCACUGGUUGUACGGCAACAUAUUUCAGGCCCCAGUCGAAGGAGACAAAAGGCUUGAAUAUCUACGUAAAUUAACAGAACAGUUUCCACGCUUCUACCGUAUUUGGAUGGGUGUUAAACCUGUGAUAAUCCUUAACCACCCCGAUACAGUCAAGCUUGUCCUUAAGACAGCAGAACCCAAGUCUGUAGGUUUUGGUGGAAUAUAUCGUCAUGGUCGCCCCUGGCUCGGGGACGGUUUGCUCAUAGCGGGUGGACAACGCUGGGCCCGCGCACGGCGUCUACUCACUCCAGCCUUCCACUUUGAUGUCCUGCGUCCAUACAUUGACAUUUACAACGAGGCUACGGAAGAACUUCUGACGAAUGUUGAAGUUUGUGCGGAGAAGGGUGAGAGUUUUGAAACAUUCAAUGUAGUGAGUGCCUGUACCCUUGACAUCAUACUGAGAUGUGCCUUCUCCUACCGUACCAACUGUCAGAACCUCGGGAAAAUUCAUCCGUAUGUUGCUGCCGUUAAUGAGAUAGCAGAAGAAUGGACCACUCGAAAUAGGAAACCGUGGUUAUAUCCGGACUUUAUUUUCUAUCUGACCUCAGGAGGACGGAGGUUUAGACGACAAUGUAACUAUGUACAUAGUGUCGCAGAGGAGGUGAUCGACAAGAGACAGCGAAUACUUGAUGCUGGGCAUGUUCCAGAGAAGAAGUACAAAGAUUUCCUGGACAUCCUGUUGAUGGCUCGGGACGAGAAUGGGAAUGGACUCACUAGGGAGGAGAUUCGAAAUGAGGUUGACACAUUCUUAUUUGAAGGUCACGACACGACAGCCAGUGCCAUCUCCUGGAUAUUAUACUCGUUGGCUACACACCCAGAGCACCAGACCAAGGUCCAGGAGGAAAUUGACAGUAUCCUAAAAGGUCGAGAAUCUGACCGGCUUCUGUGGGAUGACUUGCCAAAGUUAGAGUAUCUUACUAUGUGUAUCAAAGAAGGGAUGAGACUUCACAGUCCAGUUCCAUUCAUACAACGAGAAAGUACUCGAGACUUCACCAUCGACGGUAAAACCUUGCCCCCGGGUACUAGUCUUUCUUGUAGUAUCUUCUCUGUUCAUCACAACCCGACGGUGUGGAGCGAGUCCGACAAAUUCAUUCCUCAGAGGUUCUCAAAGGAAAACUCAUCACAAAUGGAUUCCUUUGCGUUCGUCCCCUUUGCUGCUGGUCCAAGAAACUGUAUUGGACAGCAUUUUGCAAUGCACGAGGAGAAAGUUACCAUUGCCAGAAUACUUCAUAGGUAUACUCUCGAAGUGGAUCCCGCUGUUGAAGUGAAGAAACAUCCCGCCGCUGUGAUGAGAAGUAAAAACGGUGUAUAUCUGUACGCCAAACCUCGUUACUGAUUCAUAACAAAACGUCAUCACUGAUCCACGGCAAACCUGGUCACUCAUUCGUGUCAAACGUCAUCACUGAUCCACGGCAAACCUGGUCACUCAUUCGCGUUAAACGCCACUAUUCCUUGCCAAACUUAUCAGACCCAUUUCAUUUCAUGUCAACCCUUGCCACUGAAAUCUUACUGUCAACAUGUGUUGAUGUGAAAAAAGACCCGUAAUCAUGUUUCGUGUGUCAAUUGUA